AUGAAUAUUGGUGAUGGUUACGGCUUACUAUCAGUGCCUAUGACGCAGGUGAUAGCUGUGGCUGGAGAACCGGUGUACUUGCCGUGUGACAUCAGCACGCAAGACGAAAUAGACGCCGUCUUACUUGUCCUAUGGUACAGGGAAGAUCUCGGUACACCUAUAUAUAGCGUAGAUGCGAGGGAACGCGACUUCGGUGUCGCCGAACGAUGGUCAGAUGAAAGCGUCUUCGCAUCCAGAGCCUACUUUCUGCCAGAGAGGAAGCCUGCAGAACUGGGCGUAGACAGGGUUAAAGCAUCAGACCAAGGAGUCUACAGAUGUAGGGUGGACUUCAAACAAGCGCAAACAAGAAAUUCACGGGUCAAUCUCACAGUCAUUGUACCACCUAGCAAGAUGGUGAUCAUUGAUGAUAGAGGAGACGUCAAGCAGGCCAUCGUCGGUCCUUAUGUAGAAGGAGAUACCUUCACGCUCAAAUGCGAUGUGUCAGGAGGUCGUCCGAGACCAUGGGUGAAAUGGUUCAGGGAUGAAGUGGAAACAGAUACCCCAUCGACGGCGUUGUCAGGGAACGGCGUGCGAGGCGUCAUCAGGGUCGGCCCUCUGACCAGAGCGGAUGUGCGCGCGGCCCUCACUUGUAGAGCAUCCAACCAUCCUCGGGCACAUCCUAUAGAAACUACACUAACAUUGGAUAUGAAUUUUCCACCAUUAACUGUUCAUAUGGUGGGUUCAGACCAGCCAAUAUCAGCGAGCAGAAGAUACGACCUGUUAUGCCAGAGUUCAGGAUCAAGACCCCCAGCUUCCAUCACAUGGUGGAAGAACGGUCAUAGAAUAAAUAAUGCUAAGGAAACGUUAUCAACAGAUGGAAACACAACUACGUCAACAGUAUCGUUGCAGCUAACUAAAGCUGAUACUGGUGCAAAACUCGCAUGUAGAGCCUCAAAUCCUCAAAUGCCAUCAGUAGCAGCAUUGGAAGAUGACUGGACUUUGGAUGUACAGUAUGUUCCAGAAACUGUCGUGAGAUUAGGCACGAAUUUAGAUCCAAAAAAUAUCAGAGAGGGCACCGAUGUUUACUUCGAUUGCAUCAUCAAUGCACAUCCUUAUGUAUACAAAGUCGAGUGGAGACAUAAUGGGAAAACUCUUCUCCACAAUGUUGGUCAAGGAGUCAUCAUCAGCAACCAAUCACUAGUGCUUCAAGGCGUUGGUAGAAGGACAGCUGGUAACUACACGUGCGUUGGCUUCAAUGCAGAAGGCGAUGGCGAAAGCAAACCGUUCUCUUUAGAUGUUUUAUAUGCACCAACAUGCAGAAGUUCCCAGCAAAGGGUCCAUGGAGUGGCCAAACAGGAGCGAGCACAUAUAAUGUGUCAAGUUGAUGCUAAUCCACCUGAGGUGACCUUUCGCUGGACCUUCAACAAUACAGCUAAUAGCAACGAAGUUAGUGAUACGUACGUCUCCAGAGCCGGUACCAGUUCCACUGUCACCUACACUCCACAUACAGAGAUGGACUAUGGCACAUUGUUGUGCUGGGCCCAUAACCGAAUAGGCAAGCAGAGGGUACCAUGCGUGUACCACAUUAUUGCAGCUGGUCGACCUGAUCAAGUACAUAACUGUUCAGUAGUAAAUGCUUCAAUGACAUCAUUCGGGGUUCGAUGUUCAGAAGGUUUCAACGGCGGCAUGCCACAAUCUUUCCUGUUGGAAGUACGCGAAAUAGUUACACAAGAAAUCGUUGCAAACGUCUCAAGUGCAGUACCUCGCUUCAUGGCAGCAGGAUUACAGCCUGGACGUACAUAUGCAGCAGCAGUUCUUGCAUAUAAUGCUAAAGGAAGAGGAGACCCUUAUCCAUUGAGAGCCGGUACAUUGAGACCACCAGAGAAACACCAUGUUCAUGAUAAAAGUUUAGACUUACCAAGAACAGCCUUCCAAAUGUCCGGGGCCAUGUCCGCGGCGGUCGGUGGAGGUGGAGUCCUUAUGGUUGUGCUAGUUCUCUUCAUGAUAGCAGUGAGGCAACGAUGUGCUAAGAGGAAACCAAGGUCUGCACCACCACCAUCCUCACAACCAGCCUCUCCUGAUAAGCUAAGAGAGAAAGAUGAUAGCGAAAGUGAUGAUCGUAAUCCGGAUAUAAUUCCAUCGGACACUGAUCAGAUGCAGUUGGAUUAUUACCGCCAGCAACAAGUCUCGACUAUUUCCCCUCCCCUGAGCAGUAGAGGUCCACGUGGAAGUGUGGCUGGAGUGCGCGGUGGUCUGCCCGGGUACUGUCCACUACGCACCGCACCGCCUCCAUCGCAUCCAUCGAUGCACGACCCUUCUGAGUCUACAUUCCAAAAUUCUUCAUCGGGCAUUCCACCGCCCGCGCGCUUUGCCGCGGGCUCGUGCACUUUACCGCGGGGUACAAGUCUCGCGGCGCCAGCGGACGCGCGCUGCGGUAUACCGCUGCAGCACCUGCGCACGCUACCGCGCCCGCUACCCGCGCCCGCGCCCGCCUCCGCUCCGCGCAUCACCCCGCGCGACACUCCGCUCUGA